ACCGUUGAGCGUUGGUGUUGGGAGACGGAAACUUGAAUUCACAGUCUUUUAAGAUCGUGCUCGGAUCCAUAUAUACCGCAAUCACGGUGAGCUGUAGAUAAAGCUUAGUCCUAUAGAUGGCGUUAAAAAUAUAAUAAAUCUGGAAAACUAAAAUUAAUAGGUAUUUUUAAAAAGUACACAACUCUUGAACUAGUGAUUCAAUUUUUUUUAUUUUUGUAUCAAUUAAAUUUUUAAAACGUGUUAUUUAUCUCAAUGUCCUAAAACGUUUCAAUAUAUUCAAUCAAAUUUUUUUUUUUUUUAAUUGGUGCUAAUCGGUUAAAUUUUAAUUUAUUGGACUCUUUGAAGUGUAAAAUGUAAAUUUGUGUCCUCUGGAAGAUUUCCCAUAAUAUCAGAUGAAUAUUUAAUUGAUUAUAAUACAGAUAUACAGUACAUGUAAUGGCAAUUUUACUAAAAAAAAGUAGCCAUACUCUCACACAUUACCCAUUACCCAUUUUACCUCAUAUCAAUUAGUUCAAUAACCGUUCAUUGUUGAAUGUUGAUAAAAAAACACAAACACUAUGAAUCAAACAUUAUACAAUUUAUUUGAAAAUUUACAGAAUUUGCUAGGUUUUAAUUUAAAUACUAUAUUUAUAUAUUUUCAUCUGAUAUUAAUUGGUGUAUUAAUAUUAGCUAUUUGAUAUGAACUUAUUUGGAUCAAGAGUAUUUAUAUUCAAUUUUAAUUGGCAUAUCGCACAUAUUUCAUAAUUAUAUUUAUUUAUAUCUAAAUAAUAAUAUGUAAAACAUAAAGAGAUUAAUUAAUUUCUUCUUAAAUUAUCAUUUACUUAUUCGAAAAUGUUUAAAAAUUGUAUUUCCAUCUAUAGACACACGGUCUAUGUUACCAUGUAUUGAUAACAAAAAACAUAAAAUCGUUUUUGAUAACUUAUCAAUAUAAAAAUAAACAACAUUAAAGAGUACUAGUGUUAUAUGCCGAUUACGCGGGUUCGCUAGAACUUAAUAAAUAAUUUCAUAAUUAUUAAUUUAUUUAAUACGUCUGGAAUGAUUAGUUAUGUUUAAUAGUUGGAAUAUAUUAUAUAUAUAUGUAACAAAAUGAUAAUGGAGUAAUUCAUUUUUUUGGAUUUGUUAUUUUAAGAACGGUUUGAUCUAUAAAUAAUAAUUAGGAUAGUCCAACGGAACAAUUGCACAAAAUAACAAUAUGUCUACCCCCACUGUAACAGCAGAAAAUGGUCUUAGUCAAGUACUCAACGAAAUAGCGGUAAUUAAUUUCACUUUUUAGUACUUAACUACUCUUUUACUCACUUCGAAUGAGAUAGUCAAAAAUAUGUCUAAGUUAAAUGUAGAUAGAAAUAUAGAAAUUGGGGCAAAGUAAAAUUGUGUACAAAUUAUUAAGGGAGUAAUGAGAGCAUUUGAAGGGUGUAGAGGAAAAACAGUAGUAAUCAAUUUGUGAACAUUUUUCAGGGGAGUAAAAACAAAGUUGAACCACAUUAAUUUUUUAUCUAAUCUUUUCCCUUUAAUGUUAACAAAAUUAAAUCUUUUUUCACUAAUUAAUUUAAUUUAAUUUAAUAAAAUCAAAGGAUAAAAUAAAAACCGAUAAAAGUUGGACUACUACUGUUUUUCCCCUGUAUUCUUCAUUGGGAAUAGAUAAAUAAGUAUGACUGAUAGACAGAUGUGGAUUACGAGAAUAAAAGUAUCUGACCCCAUGUGAGUGAUUUGUUUAUAUUUUUGUAUUUUUUCAUAUUCAUGCAGAAUUAUAUCAAAAAUUAUAAAAUAAUUUUUAAUAUUCUAAAAUUAUAGGAUCUACCUACCUAGUGUGUAUCAUUUGUAUAGUAUAAAAAUUAUAAUUUACAUUAAAAUUUCAUCAUAUACAUUGUUAUUUUAUAAGAAAAUGGUGAGAAAGGAUUCAUUUAAUAUUUAUAAUCCUAUGAUUAUGUUUCAUUUUAAAUUUAACACAUAAAUUGACUUACCUUUUAUAAAAAAAAAAUAUUUUAACUUUAGCUUGUCGACUUCAAAAAAGUAUGGAUUAUAAACAUAAUCUAAACUCUUUAUAAUAGUGGAUUUUAUUGUAUGGCUACAAUAUUUUGAAAACAAUUAAUAUGCUGACAUUAUAAAAAAUAUAUCAAUGAUAAUUUAAUAACAUUAUUUUAAUCAUUUCAGAAAGUUGACGAAUUAGUUGAAGCAUUUAAUGGCUAUAUUCAAAAAGAUUCUUUGAAGAAUUAUGAACAAAUUGAAAAAUUGUUCAUAAUGCUUACUAAUAUAGUAACUCGGUUAAAUGAUGAACAGUUAAGUAUUGGUAUUAAAAUGAUAUUAAAAGUUGCUUCUACUCAAACAGUUAGUGUCCGUCAAAAAGUUUUUCUCAAUAUGCUUCAAAAAUUAGUUAAAAAACAUGGCGUUUCAUCUAGGUAAAUAAAAUUUAAAUUAUUUAAAACUUAAGAUUGAAUGUUCUGUUAAAAAUAAUUGUUAAUAUUUUUUUUUUUUUUCUAGGUUGAUGUGUGAGUGUAUAAUUCAUUCUGAAUAUCUUGUCUAUACUAAUUCUGAAUUUUGGAUAGAAUGUUUUCAUAUAAUUAAAUCAAUAUUAGCAACAGUUGACUAUAAAGGAGUUAGAGAAAUAAUGAAGGUAAGAUUAAACUGAAAAUUAUGUUCAAUUUAUUUUGAAACUUUUUAAUCAAAUUUGUGUGUUAUAAUGUUUAGGGCUGUUUAGAAAAAGUUGUGGCAAUGCCAAAAGCAUUACCUGCUUCUAUAUUACCUCAGUUUCUUGCUCUCGAAGAAGUCAUUCGGUAUAUAUUUGAUAGAGAGGCUUGUCUUCUUCCUGGUUAUUUUGUAAUUAAUGAAAUACUCAGAGUAUACAGUGAAAAUAAAGGGUGGCCGCAUUGGGUAAACCUUAUUUUAUUUGUUUUUAAAUAUUGUUCAUAUGUGUCUUUCAUAUAGUUGAUUUUUUUUUUUUUUAUAUAGAAACUUGGUUGUUUAGUGUCUAAUUUUGUUGAGAGUUUUCGAAACGCUGCACAAAUGACAUCAAUGAUUGGCCAUUCUUCAAUGUUACCUGUUGUAGAACAUUCUGGUUAUGGUGACCACUUAAUCACUCCAUGGAAAUUAGAUUCAAAUACAUUAAAGUUGAUAUUAAAAGGAAAUAUACCAUAUCCUAAACAAUUGUUACAGCCACAGACAAAAUUAUUAAGAUAUGUACUUGAACAGCCUUACUCUAGGGAUAUGGUUUGCUCUAUGCUUAGUUUACAGAAAAUGGUACACAAUAAAGUUAUAUUUAUUAUUUUUAAACUAUCUUUUAUUCAUAAAUGUAUUUAUUUAUUCAUUAAUAUAUUUAUAUUAGAUUUAGCUAUUAUAAUAUUUCAUCCCAAUAUGAUUUAAUCAAUAUCUACAUUAUUUCUUUUCUUAUUCAGAAUAAACAAAGAUGUAUUGUUUUGGAAGAACAGUUAGUAGAAUUAAUCAUUAGAUCAAUGGAAAGAAGUGACAAAGAAGUGGCAGAAGGUGCAGACCCAGAAGAGAACCAUUGGCUUUGGUUACAUAUUUCAAGCCAAUUAAUUUAUUUUAUUCUAUUUCAAUUUGCUGUGUUUCCAAAUAUUGUUAAUGCUCUUCAUGAAAAAGUAUAAAAGGAUAAAUUUACUUAAAUAUAUACUUUUUAUUUACCUAUAAAUAUUUUUCUCAAACUUUAGCUGUUGAAAAAAGAUUUACACCGAUCAAGAGAUCGUUUAAUGUGGGUACUUUUGCAAUACAUAUCAGGAAGUAUUCAACGUAAUUCAGUUAGUAUUUAAAGUUUUAUUUUAAAAACAUUUUAAGUAUUAAAACAAAUUUAUACUUACAAUUUUAUUUAUUUUAUUAGCUCGAAAAUAUUUUGCCAGUAUUAAAAUUAUAUGACUUGUUGUAUCCUGAAAAAGAACCAUUACCUGUUCCUGACACCAGUAAUGCACUUUGUACACAUCAAAUGGCCAUUACUUGUAUUUGGAUUCAUUUAUUACGUAAAGCUCUUAUGGAUAACAUCAAAUUUCAUAGACCUAUACCAUUGGCUUUAAAAGCCCAUCAUGAGUAAGUAUUAAGUUAUGUAUUAUAAUUAAACUUUUAUUGAUAUAUUUUAAUUUUAUCAACAAAUUUUGUUCAGUUAUUUACAGAUGUUAGUACAACCUACAAAUGGUGCUUUGUGUAUGGGUACAGAUUACCGCGUGCCAUUAUUGUGCAAUGCAUAUUCCACAAAUAAUGAGUGUUUAUCACGUCCAAUGGCUGCUCUUGUUGAUGCCGUUUUAGGUAGUGGAAGUAACCGUGGUUUAUCUGGGGUAACUACCAAUACUCAGCAAUCUACUCAAUCUCCUGUAAUUACACCAGCUGUUGGAGGAACAUCUCCAGUAGCCUCAGUACCGGGUUCUGGCGGCACUACAAGUCCAAUCAGUGGGAAUGCUUCCUCUUCUAAUGCCAUGGGUCCCACUACACCACUUAGCAUGGCUGUUUUAGAUUCAUUGACAAUUCAUGCAAAAAUGAGUUUAAUCCAUAGCAUAGUUACUCAUGUACUUAAGUUAGCUCAGUCUAAAUCUAGUUCAGCACUAGCACCCGCACUUGCAGAAACAUACAGCAGACUUCUAGUUUACACAGAAAUAGAAUCGUUGGGAAUCAAAGGAUUUAUAAGUUAGUAAAUAAUCAAUAAGCUGAAAAUAAAUUCAUUGAUAUACUUACCACAUCUGACUUUAAACAUUAACAAUACUAAUAAAUUUAUUAAUUUUUUUUUUGUAAUAUAUAACUUCAAUUCAAUGUAUGAAAUUGGAUAUAUCAUAUAUUUAAAAUUUAAUUUAAAGAUUUGCAACCUCUAUUAAGUCAUAAUUUUGAAUAGCUUCAUAUUUAUAUUAUAUAUUUAUUGCAGGUCAAGUAUUACCUACUGUUUUUAAAUCUCAUGCCUGGGGAAUUCUUUACACAUUAUUAGAGAUGUUCAGUUAUAGAAUGCAUCAUAUUCAACCACACUACAGGGUUCAAUUGCUUUCUCAUUUGCAUAGUUUGGCAGCAGUACCUCAAACUAAUCAAACUCAGCUUCAUUUAUGGUAAUACUAUUCACUGGUUAUUAAAGUAAAUAUUUAUUUAAAUAUAUAAAUAUGUUUAUUGUUUAGUGUGGAAAGCACUGCAUUAAGACUGAUUACUGGUCUGGGUAGCAAUGAAGUACAGCCACAAUUAUCUCGAUUUUUGAGUGAACCUAAAACAUUGGUGUCAGCUGAAUGUGAAGAACUCAACCGUGCUCUUGUCUUAACAUUAGCCAGAUCUAUGCAUAUUACAGGUACAUCUGCUAGCCAAGAGGGGUCUUGGUGCAAAGAAUUGUUGACUACGAUAAUGGCUAAUACACCUCAUACUUGGGCUCCACAUACAAUGCAAUGUUUUCCUCCUGCACUUGCCGAUUUUUUUGUUCAUAACCCAAUCACUAAAGAAAAUAAACAACAACUAAAAGUAAAUCAAAAUAAAGUUUAAUUUUAACUUGAUUUCAAUUUGUAAAAUUAAUAUAUUUUUAGAAAGCAGUAGAAGAAGAGUAUCGAAAUUGGGCAUCAAUGACCAAUGAAAAUGACAUCAUUGCUCAUUUUUCUGUACCUACAGCUCAUCCGUUAUUCUUAUGUCUUCUAUGGAAAAUGAUAAUAGAGACUGAUAGAAUCAAUCCAAUUGCCUAUAAGUAUGUAUAAUGAAGUAAAUGUGCAUAUAGGUUUAUUUUUUCUUAUUCACUUUUUGCUUGGAUAUCGAAAUAUUGAAUAAAUCAAUAUUUUCCAAAAUUUUACAGAAUUUAUCAUAAUAAUUAUCUCCUAAAAUUAUGCUAGCUGUAAACAAAUUUAAAAAUUAGAGCUGAUACUACUGAUGAAUAUGCUACUGUUUUAGGUGGGAAGUUGGAAGCAAGAAUACCUUAAGUUAGUUGUUUAGUUGUCUCUGUAAGCAAUGAUAAACCAUUGAUAACAAAAUAAAAUUCUGAAGUAAAGUUAUACCUAUAUAUUUUUAAAUGGCAUAAUUUUUACAAUCAAUGAACAAAACUAUUAUACAAUACAAACAAAUUUCUUUUGAUCACUAAGUACAACAUAUAAUAAACCUUAUGUUAAAUUUUCAAGCAUUUUUAUUUAGUCAAAUAAUUUUAUCUAUUUAUAUUUAUAUUUCUAAUUUUAUAUAUUUAUCUAAUUUUAUCUACUAUGUAAAAACAAAAAAAAUGUACAAAAUGUUUUGAAAUUUUAUGCCUAGAAAAAAUUUCAGCUCUACAUUAAUUUCAACUAAUUUACAAUUUAAAAUCAAAAUAGAAAAUAACAAAACUUUUAAUGUCUUAAACUUUCAAAAUUUCCUAAUUUUCCUUUCCAAUUAAUAUGAAAACUGGUUGAAAAAUAAAAAACACUAGUUUCCUACUCACCAACUAGAUCCAAAAUGCAACAAAAAUGAUCUCUUUGUAUUUUUUGAUUAAAUUUUUAAAUAAACCUACCUAUAAAAUACAGGAAAUAAAACAGCUGGACCGUAAAAGUUGAAGAAUUAAAAUUCCUGAAUAAAAUAUAAGAAAAUAAUAUACAUGGAAUUGCAACAAAUUAAAAUUUAAGUUUAUGGAAUGUAAUUAUGAGAGAAAAAUUAACAAGAAACAUAAAUUUGCCGGAAUUAAAUAAUUGACCGUAAAAUGCUCGCAAUGUAAAUUUGUUUCAAUUCCAUGCAUAUUAUUUUCUAGUUAAUUACAGUACGAAAUGUGAGUUCACAAACUAAAUUUGCCUUUUUUUUUUUUGUUCAUUAGUUUUAAGUUCCAAACCGAUUACAGUCAAUGUGUUUAAAUUCUAUUGAUCGAUCCGCAACUAUUUUCCGCAUUUUAUAUUCUCUAAAUCUUUCUGUCAAUAUAUUUUAAUUUCUUAAAAUUUAGUAAUUCAGCAUAGUUAUAGUUCGUAGUUACAACAUUCCGGUUGUUUUAUUUCUAGUAUUUUUUAGCCUCCCAUUGUUUAAACUCGAAAAGUGCUCAAAAUUUACUAGUUUUGAUCAAGAUUAAACAAGAUUUCUAGUAGAAAAUAAUGAUUUUUAUUGCCAUAAAUUGUCCGUUUUUUUAAUAUGAUUUUUCCCUAAUUAUGAGAAUUACAAGGAAAAUAAAAUAAUACUUUCUUUUUUUUUAAUUAGUGUGAGAUUUUGUUGUUAUAAUGUAAACACAAUAAAUAAUUUAGCACACAUCAUAGUAAAACUAAUACAUUCCUUGUUCUGUUUAAUAACCUAUAUUUAAAAUGUCUUAAAUAGAUCAGUUUUAGUAUUAGUAUUAGAUUAGUAUCAGUUAAAAUACAUUUUGGUGUUGACAUUUUUGAUUUCUAUCAACCCAUUUAUGAUAUAUUCCUCUUUUAAGUUUAGAUAGGGGAAGGUAUUGUGGAGUAUCAUUGUGUGGCAUUAUGCCGCGGCUUAUAAAUACUACUCUACUCUCCCCCUACCAAUUUUUAUUUUACGCCUUUUUCUGGUUUUUCUCAGUUAUUGUAAAACUUGUGGAAAAUCAAAACAAGGAAAUAAUAAAAUAACUACAACUGAUUUUAAAAUUAUUUUUAGAAUAUUGGAGCGAAUUGGUGCCCGAGCUUUAUCAGCACAUCUACGUAAGUUUUGUGAUUAUUUGGUGUUUAAAUUUGCUGUGUCAGAGGAAGGUCAACAUGUCAACAAAUGUGUUGACGCUAUCAAUAGUAUGAUUUGGAAGUACAACAUUGUUACAAUUGACCGUCUUGUCUUAUGUCUCGUAUGUCUUACAAUUUUUUUCUAAUUAUAAUAUUUUAAAAUAAAUUCCGCAACUAAUGAUAAUAUAAUUUAAAACAAAUUCAUUAAACAAUGUGUAAAUUGUAGGCACUCCGUACACAAGAAGGCAGUGAAGCUCAAGUUUGUUUUUUCAUUAUACAGUUACUACUAUUCAAAGGUGCUGAGUUCAGAGCUCGAGUUUGUGAAUUUGUCAAAGAAAACUCGCCAGAACAUUGGAAACAAUCUAACUGGUAAUUUAAUUUGUAUAAGAACAAUAAAAGACUACCUAUUUUUAUUAGUUUCAAGUUUAAUAAUAUUUUUUAAAGGCAUGACAAACAUAUAGCGUUCCAUCGGAAAUAUCCUGAAAAAUUUGCUCCAGAAGGAAUUUUAGAUCCUACUUCAUAUCAGCCUUUGCCUGUUUAUUUUGGAAAUGUGUGUCUCAGAUUUUUGCCGGUAAUGUUUUAAAAAAAUGCAUAAUCAUUAUUUAGAAUUAACUUAAUUUUUGUUAAUUUUCAAUAAUUUAUAUUUAUAUUAUUAUUUAUUAUUUAACUCUUACAGGUUUUUGACAUUGUGAUUCAUAGAUACCUUGAAUUACCACCUGUAACCAAAUCAUUAGAAACUCUUUUAGAUCAUUUAGGAUGUUUGUAUAAAUUUCACGGUACUAUAUUGGUUUUGUUAUUAUUAAUUUAUCAUAAUGUGUAUAAAUAUACCCUGUUUCAAAAGAGAACAUAUCACUUUCGCAUCGCUGAACGAAAACUAGUCGCGAAAGCAAUAUGUUCUCUUUUGAAACAGGGUAUAUAUGUAUUUUUAAUUAAUUUAUUUAUUAUUUCUGUAGAUCGCCCAGUUACCUAUUUAUACAACACAUUGCAUUAUUAUGAAUCUAAAUUACGCGAUCGUCCAUUUUUAAAACGCAAACUAGUAUAUGCAGUACUAGGAUCCCUUUGUGAAACGCGUGGCUGUUGGACUCUGUCAGAAUCAUAUCAAAGGUAUUACAUUCAGAUACCAUCGUCUACAAAUGCCAACUCGAUGAUUCCUAACAAUGAUGUCUCGGUUACUCCUACGGCUCCAAUAUGGAUCCCUGAUCUGGAAUAUUAUGUAAUGCUGGUCAAACGAAUUACAGACAGUAUCCUUUUAUUUACAAAUAAUAACUUUACUCUUCAAUAUUAUUGUUUGUUGUUAAAUGUUUAUAUUUAAUAGUUAUGAGAAGAUAGAUCUUCCUUCAAAUUCUAUUGAGUGUUCUCAUCAUUUAACGAUAUAUUAUCACUGGUUCUUAAUUUUUAAACCAAUUUUAUCAAUUUUCCUUAACUUGUUUUUUAAAGCCAUGAGCGGAAAUGUUAAGUUUCCAAACAUUGAUUGGAGAUUUAACGAAUUCCCUAAUCCUGCCGUUUAUGCUCUUUAUAUGACGUGUGCAGAACUCAUGGCCUUACCUUUAUCUCCAGCUUCAGUAGCUAGUUCUAUACUCGAUGUAAUAAUGCAAAGGUAAUAAAAUAUUUUUAAUUUUAAAAUUUGGUAAAUGAUUGUUCUAAUGAUAUAAAUUUAUUAUAGGUACACAGAAAUUCCUUCCCACGAAAUACACAGUUGGAUAAACAGUAUUGGCCUUAUUAUGUCUGCAAUGCCAGAGCCAUUCUGGGUGACUUUGCAAGACCGUAUCAUGCAAAUGAUGCAAAGCCCUGGUUUGGUAACAUGGCAGUAUGCUCACACACCAUUCCAGUUAUUCAAUUUUGAUCUCGUUCAUGGAUGUAUGCUCGAUAACAGGUUUGUCUACAUGUUAGCAUUGGCACAUGCUACAUGGCAUCAUGCCGGUGUCGGUCACAUUGCCUCUAUACCACUGUAAGUAUUAGCUAAAAUAUUUUGGACUAUUAUCCAAAUAUUAUUUACUUAUUAACCAGAUUCUUAUUUGUAUAGAUUUGUUAAGGAAAAGCUUGGACCAUCUGUGUAUAGUGAGGAACAAUUUAUAUUUUUAUGUCACUUGGUUGCGCCAUUUCUGUCUCGUUAUAAUCUAGACAAGCCAUCACCAUCCAUAUUGGACAUAACUGUUGAAUUAUUCAACGCACUGGAAAGAAUGGAUAAACAUGUUCAGACUCUUCUUUACAUGGAUCCUAUCUGUGAUCUAUUGUAUCCUUUUAUUUGUAUGCAUUAAAUUGUUUAGAAACUAAAAUAUGUAUUUUUUAGUGAAUUUAUAUAAUUAUUACAUUGCUCCAUAAAUAAUUAUUGUUUAUGGAAACUUAAAUUUUUAAUUUCCUUAAUAAAAGUACUCAGAUAUCAUAUAAAAUAUCAAUAUGUAGGCAAUUUAAUGAAGUCUGAAGUGGAAGGGAUUGUAUGCCGUCUUAGAUUGCCUCUACAGAAAAAACUAAGAUUUAUCACACAACUAAGUUUAGCUGAAGUCGAGGCUAUGAAUCAACCGAGUGCGGAUCCUGCAGCAGUUGCAAUUAGUAAUAACACAAAUGGUUCCAGUCUUCAAAAUAAUAACGCUGCAAAUAUGUCACAGUAAUAUUUUUAUAAAUACAAAAAUACUGAUUGACUAAUUUGUAUUCUAUGCCAGUGUUAAUAAAAUUAAACUGAUAAAUUUAAAAAAUAUAUACAUGUAUUUUUUUUUAAAAUGAAAAUAGUUUUUAUAUAUUUAUUAUAAUUAUAUUUUCAUUUAUUUAUAUUAUGUUUUUUCUAAAUUUGCAUUUAUCUUUAUGACAUUAUUUUGUAUUAAACCAUAAUUUAUUUUUUUAUUAGAUUUAAUAAAAUACCAAAUUCAGAAAAAAAUAUUUAUAUAUAUAUAUAUUGAUUAUGUAUGAAAAUGAAGAAUGUCAAAGUAGAUUUGUUUGUUUUAAAAAAACCUAGUCUAGAAAUUCAGUAUAAACCAGUGAAAAUUGGAAUGUCCCAGUAAGUACUGUAUUGAUUAACAUAGUACAUCAGUUUGGUUCACCUAAUGUUUAGAGUAUUUUAUUUGUGAAUAGAUUAAGGUAGAAAAUGAAUAAACUGCAUAUUUAACAAACCAUACAUUUAUUAUUUAGUAAAAUUAACUUUAGUAACAAGACCAGCUGCUAUAGUAGUACCAUUAGACCUUAACAUCACUCUACCUAACUGUCUGAUGUCCGAAUAUACCUCAACACAAAUUGGUCUUGAUAAUUGUAUUUUGAUUAGAGCAUGUGUAUUUUUCUUAAUUAUGCGAGGAUUUUUUUUAAUCAUUUCUCCAGUACUUUUAUUUAGUUCUGCUAACAGUCUACUGACAACCGCUGAUUCUGAUGAACUUUGGUAGUGCAAUACAACUUGAUGUCCACGGACAAUAGGGAAGUCUACAUUAAAUACAACUACCCUAGCUUCUAAUACCGAUGUUACUGGUAUUGGAGAUGAAAUAUCACACAAAACACAACCAGAAUAUAUAGUUUGUGCAUCAUAUCCAUUAAGUGAAAUGCUAAUGAAAUCACCGGCUAAUCCAAUAGAUUGUGGCAACUCAUCUAUUUCAAUACCUGUAUAUUAAAUUGAACAUUUGUUUUGAAACAUUUAUUUUUAAAUAACUGGAAAGCAUAACUCUCACUUUUAAUUUGUGCAAUUUCUCCUUGUGGUUCCACAAGAACUUUAUCGCCAACUCUUAACUGACCUGUUUCGACUCUUCCUACAAUUGAAAAUCCUGACCCUGUACUUUUAUAAACAUCACUUACACAUAAUCUCAAGGGUUUAGAAAUUGCACGCUCUGGUGGUUUAAAUGAAUCUAAAGGUUAAUAUAUAUUAUUUCAUCAGUUCUUUAGAAAUAUCUGUUUAGUUUGAACAUAGGAAUUUUUUUGACAUACCAAUAACGUCCAUUAGACAAGGACCGUUAUACCAAUGAGUUAGUAAUGAUUCAUUUGCUUUUAUAGCUAAAUUUUCACCAUUUAACCCAGAACAUGGUAUAAAAGUGACAUCAGAUUCUUUAUAACCAGCUUGUUUUAAAAAUAGUCCAAGUUUUGAUUUAAUUUCCUCAAAUCGAAUUUCUGACCAAUUAACAGUAUCCAUUUUAUUCACGGCUACUCCAAGUUGAGUAAUUCCUGGGACAAAAAUAAUUAAAUUAUAUAAUAAUUAUACUUUCAUAAUCAGUUAAAUUAUUCAUAGAUUAUUUACCCAGAGAUCGUAUUAAAAGUGCAUGCUCCCGGGUCUGUCCUCCACUGUCGAAUCCAGUUUCAAACUCUCCUUUAGUUGCAUCUACAACUAAAAUAGUUGCAUCAGCCUGAGAAGCACCUAAAACCAACAUUCAAACAUAAUCUUGUUUAGACUUCAAUUUAUAUAAGAAUAUUGAAUAGUAGUAGUUUUCUACAAAAGAAAGUACCUGUUUUUCUAUUAGCAACAAGGGUAACAAGAUAACAGGUAUGCAAGUUUAUUUAUUUAAAACAUUUUUUUUUCUCUAGCCAUUUAUUUCUUUCCUUACACUUUUUUUUUAUUUGUUUAUCACACCCUUUUCCAUAGAAACAUGAAUUUAAUUUAUAUAUUAAAAAUUUGAGCAAAAUCUGGUUACAAAAUGGUCUAAAUAAUUCAUCUAAUAUACAUAAUUGAGUCAGAUUUAGUGAGCAAAACUACC